CGUUCCCCAAUCCCAAGCCAAGCUAGAAACAUGGGGCCUUGCGCCGCGUAAUCCCAUCCAAACAUACUCUCUGCUGACAACACGCCCGAGUGAGCGGACAUAAUACUUCCCCACAAGGCCGGGCUUGGGUUACGCACGGCGGGCCUAAUGCGUCACAUCGCCAUGAUGCUCCUGGCCAAUGGGGGCUAUCGUGGAACGUGGUCCGCGAGGAUGCGGGCUCUCGGUAUACGCAUGCAUGGCUUUGGUAUAAAGUCUGCCCUGAAGCACACCGUUCUCAUCGCACAUCGCGUCAAAUUUGCAACUCUAUAGACUAGACACACAAUAUCCAAAAUGGUCUUCGUCAACCACGAGAAAGCUCCCGAUGGGCUUCCGGUCGUCCCGCUCUGGAUUAACGGCUCCGCCGUCCCCAUCAGCGACAAAGACUCCCUCUUCCCCGUGGUCUCCUCGGUCGAAGACAAACCGAUCCACUAUGCUGUAUCUGCGUCCGCCUCCACCGCAGUGGCUGCCUGCGAUGCAGCCGCCUCAGCCUUCACAUCCUGGCGCAAAACAAGCCCUACCUUCCGGCGCCAACUGCUCCUCAAAGCCGCCGACAUGCUCGAGUCGAAGGCGCAGGAGAUUGCGGGAUGGCAGAUGAAAGAGACGAGCUGUCCUAAAGAGUUUGCGGGUGCGAACGUCAAGCUCGGGCCGAUAUAUGUGCGGGAGAUUGCGGCGGCGACGAGUGAGAUUCGGGGGACGGUGCCACAGCGGAUGACGGGGCCGGAUGGCAAUGAGAUGGAGGGGUUGACGGUUGUGGUAAGGGAGCCGGUGGGCGUUGUGUUGAUAAUUCCGCCAUGGAACGGCGCAGUCAUUCUGCCUCUCCGCGCCAUCAGCAUGGCCCUCGCGGCCGGGUGCACGAUCGUCGUCAAAGCAUCUGAGCUAUGCCCUCGCACACACAGCAUGCUCUUGGAAUGCUUCGAAGAAGCCGGCAUUCCCAAAGGCAUCAUCAACAUGAUCCAAGCCAAGCGAGAGGACGCUGUAGCCGUGUCUGAAGCCAUCGUUUCUCAUAAAGCUGUGAGGAAAAUUGAUUUCAUAGGGAGCGCGGCUGUCGGAAGCAAGAUGGGUCAGCUUUGCGCCAAGUAUCUGAAGCCGAUUCUGAUGGAGCUGGGCGGGAAAGGGCCGGCUAUUGUGCUGGAGGAUGCAGAUCUGAAGAAGACGGCCAUGUAUUGUGCCAUGGGUGCCGUCAUGGACCAUGGCCAGCUUUGCUUUUCGACCGAACGCAUCAUCGUACACAAGUCUGUGUACGACAGAUUCGUCCCGAUUCUCGCAGCGACAAUGUCAAAGAUCCCGAAAGCAGGAGACGCUGUGAGCAAGCAGUCGGCGACACAUGCAUAUGAUCUCCUAGUCGAUGCGAAAGAGAAGGGCGCGACGUUCCUCUGCGGCGGCCCCGAAUAUCUGAGCGGGACUAGCCUCAAGCCUACGCUCGUGACGAAUGUAUCAAAAGAAGCCCGCAUCGCCGACGAAGAGACCUUCGGACCAUCGGCUUCCGUCUAUGUUGCCGACGACGAUGAGGACGCGAUAGCGAAAGCCAACGAUUCCGCAUACGGACUCAAUGCCGCAGUCCACAGCACUAGCUGGGAGCACGCAUACAAUGUGGCGAUGCAGCUCGAGUACGGCCAGGUGCAUAUCAACAAUGUGACCCUCACCGAUUCCCCCGGCGCGCCGAUUCGGGGUGUUAAGGGGUCUGGUUGGGGCCAGUCGAAUUCGAUCUGGGGGAUCCACGAAUUUAGCGUCGAGAAGACACUAUACUUUCACCCCUCCGGUGCCGGCGGUAUACUGUCCGGCCACUGA